GUCAUUAGCGUGGCAUAUCUCAGUAUCAUGACUAUUUCUCUAUAUAUACUUCAUUGUAUUAUAUGUAAGAAGCAGUGAUAUUCCAAUAAUAAUCUUCCAAUUCCCAUUUACUGGGUAUCCUGAUUUAGGGAAGUCUGUGGUGUGCGAACGGAGCUGCAAAGUAACCUGACAGAGUGCAACAGAACUGCAGAAAUCCUACAUGUGCCCCUGGGCAGCUGUAGAGCCUGUACCACAUUCUGCAUCAGACAUCAGUAUAUUUGGACUGCAGCCAGCCAGCCAGAAAGGGUAUUCCACCUAUCAUUGUUAGCAACUGAACCUGAUAUGUAUGAAAAUUAUGGGAAACAGAAGUCCACAAAGAAAACCUCCCCCGGCAACUGGUGAAGUAGAUAAACAGCAAAUCAUUAAAGUAGAAUAUACCCACUCCAAUGCAGUUACUGAGUGCUGCCCCCUAGAGGACAUGACAAGUACAACACAGACAGAGGACAUCAAUGAGGAAAGAAAUGAGAAUGUGUUUUAUAAAUUUGUCAUUUUGCAUGCAGAAACUGAUACACUAGAAGCUACAAGAGUGAAGGACAUGCUGCAAGACAAGUUCUGCAUUAAACCAGGCCUCAUCUUUGGAGAAAUGCCGGCAGGUCAGCCUAUUCUGAAAAACCUGGAUAAUGCAGUAAAUGGUUCAGCCUGGACUAUUCUAUUACUAACAGAGACCUUCCUCCGAGAGACCUGGUGCGAGUUUCAGUCCCACGCGACAUUAAUCAAUUCCAUUCACAUGGAUCAUAAAUAUAACACUGUGAUUCCUUUAAGACCAAAAGACAAUAACUUGCCAAGAGAGAAGACACCCCUUCCACUGAAUCUCAUUAACGCUUUGGAAGAAGGAAAAGCAGAAUUUACAAAGCAAGUGGAGAAAACCUUUCAGGAGUCUCUGUAUCAAAAACAGUAUGCAAUAUGGAGGGCUGAGAAACAGGACAUGGAACAGUGAUGUGAUGCAGCGCAGUAUGGCAGACAUUCAUCAGUCUUUCUUCAUUUAUAAUUUAAAAAAAGUACAUUUAGGGCAUUGCUCAGUGCUUCUGUAACAUCUCUCAAUUUUUAUGAAAAGAAUUUUGUUACAGCCAACAAAAUGGCUGCCUCUUAUGUGUUUUUGUAAGACUUCUAGUAUAUCAUGUGGUGCAUAUUUAAAUAUAAACCAUUUGCAUUGCAAACCUAGGUUAAAACAACUGUAAAACAAAACACUUUACUCCUGCAGAGCUGGAAACUUCCACUUUUCAAACAAUGAGGAUAUCUAUGAUAUCACUGUAUAAACACGUAGUGAUGGCAAUCAGAAAAAAGCCUUAAGCUACCCAAUAACAGUCCGGCUUACUGGGAUGAUUCCUAAUGGGUAUUAUAGCCAAUCUGUCCCUGUUACAGUUCCGUCUAGCCUGCAGUAACUGGGAACACUGGCGUAUCUAUAAUGAGUGUAGUGUGUGCGGUGUGGGCCCCCUCUGGACCACUGCUCCCAUUUUUUCUAAAUACUUACCUUUCUGGUGUCCGGGUGUGG